UUUCCGUUCAAAGUCAUUCGCAGUGAAGACACCCAACUGGGAGCCAAUGCAGGAAGUGAGUGCAGAUCCAAGGGUGCCAAAGGGUGAUCACGGAAACUUUGGCAGAUCUGAAAGCCCCAAGACAAGCCACCAAAACAAUGCGGUUCUUGAGAAGUUUGCCCAAAAUAUGACUAAGAGCAUAAUCCAGUCGUUUCUGAGCCAAAUGGAAAUGGUGGAGCCUGAGGGGAUGGCCAGAUUUAAUCAGAACCAGGAGAUGUUAGCUGAAGAGUUAGCAUCAUCUGUGGUUCAGGAAGCCCUGAGGGAAGUCUGUGGAGAUCAGAAUAUUUUGGAGAAAAUGGAAUCAGAUGAAGAUGGCAGACAGGCCACAUUUUUGGACCAAUCUAAGAACAAAUUUUUGGAAAAUGACCCAAAGAUAGAUCCAAACAAAGAGUUCCAGACCUCCGAAGGCAUCCAACCCCACAAUCCAUCAUUUUCCCAGUCAGGUCUCCCACUUUUGGGAUCAAUUGACUACCCCGAUGCCCCUCCAACAACACCCCUCCUCCCCGAGCUUGAGAGAAGCAGAUACAGUUUUGCUAAGAAGCUGAAAGGAGGUUUGGCAAAGGUUUUCAUGCCAUCACCUCCCCCGCCAACCCCGAAGGAGGAAGAAGACGGUGCCAACAAUGACCCCCGGGUGGAGCUAAUGGAACAGUUGAUGCAGUCGUUGUCCACAGAUGAUUUGGCGAGAGAGUAUUUGGAAGUUGGCGGUGACCAUGGAGCCAGGAUUGAGGCUUAUGCAGAGGCUCUUUCUUGUGGCAUCCUAGACUCAGUCUUGUAUUUAAAAAACAGAGAUCAGAUCACAGAAAAUAAUGAUCUCCAUCUACUAGCCCACCAACUAGCUGAAACCAUCAUUGCCUCUUCACUUGACGAGGUCAGAAUGAUUGUCUAGGGUAUGACAGGAAUAACUGACCAUAUUUAAAUGGAACCAAUUUCUUCUGAUGCCAACCAACCAUUUCCAGCUUUGUUUGUAUGCAGAUGAUUGUGCUUUUUGUUGUGUCCAAUAAAUAGUUCUCAAUUUU